GAGCAUCAUCCCAAUGGGGAAAGUUCACAAGCGGAAACUGAGGACGAUGAAGCCACAGAAAACGAUGACGAUGAGUUGACCAAUCAGAGAGUUGUUGCAGCACCUGUACGAAAGAAACCGAAAUUAACGAAACAACCGCAAAAAGAUCCAAAAAAGGCACUGAUAAACGCUGGCGGGUCGGAUGGAAUGACUGCAUUGCAUAUGGCUGCUGAACGAGGGCACGAAGAGGUUGUGCGUUUGUUACUAUCCGAUAGUAACAUUAAUGUUGAAGCAACAACGCAUGCAAGCAAAAACAAGCUGACACCGUUGAUAAUGGCUUGCCGAAUGGGCUUUCGGAAUAUUGCCGAUAUCCUCAUCGAUGAGGGUCAUGCGAUUGUGGAAAAAGGUGAUAAGUUGAAGCGUACCGCAUUGACUCAUGCUGUAUUGAACGGUCAAAAUCACAUAGUGGCAAUGUUGUUGAGACGUGGUGCAUCGCCGUGUACACAAGACUCGUCGGGCAAUACACCGACACAUUAUGCAGCCGCAUACGGAUGGUUUGAAUGUUUAGAGAUGUUAGCCAAAGCGGAUUCAUCGUGUUUGGCUAUUGACAAUGACUGGCAUCUUUCUCCACUUGCUGUCGCCUAUUUGAAAGGGCAUAUCGGUAUUGUUGAUUGGCUGGUCGGUGGACCGUAUUCGGAUAAGGUCACUGUGAACUGCUGCGAUCAAGCGGGUGUUUCUCUGAUAUCAUGUGUUAUCAAUUGUUACAAAUUUAUCUCUGAUGAACGAAUCGUCAAGCAACUUGAAUACCUCACAUCAAAAGGCGCGGACUGUUCGCUGACAGAUACACGAGGCAAUAAUGCAUUGCAUUAUUUCGCGUCGAUAAACGCGAAGUUCAAGAUUGAUGAGGCUCAGCUUUAUGAGGGAAUGGAGGUGCGCGAUAAUGCGACACGACUGACGAAAGAUGAUUAUCGCAGGUGUAUUGAUCUGAUUCUGCAUGCGGGCGACGAUGCCUUCCAUGUGGCUGUCAAGACGUGUAACUUGUAUCUGGCCGAAUGUCUCCUUAACAGAAUGAUCGACGAAGGACUUGAUGAGGAAUCGUUGAGUGAGAAAGCAGUCUUAGCGAGUAAUGCAUCGAAAACGGGCAAUAUACUCCAUCUGAUAUUGGAAUUACCUUUUAAGGUUUUGAAAGAAAUGAAACUCUGGACGCACAAUGUAUGUCCAGCUGAGGAUCAGUACAACGUCGUACCUCUACUGCAAAAGAUUAUUGCCCUGAAUUCGAGCCGAGUGAUUGAAUGGUUACAAGAGGAAGAUGCAAAGGGUCGCACUCCAGUCGUACUCUUUUGUCAGCAGUAUGUGGCUGCUACGAUUACGAACUUUCAUAAAUACAAUGAACAGGCGAAAGAAAAGUGUCAGGAAGCUUUCGAAGAAUUUAUGCAUCGGAUGUGCGAUGUAUUAGAGAUGUUGGCUGUUUUCGAUGGAACUGUUUUGCUGCAAACGUUCGAUGUCAAUGGCUCUAAUAAGAAGGAAUCUAGCGAGAGUAAUGCUGAUGAUAACGAAGGAGAAGAAGAAUCUGAUGGAGGGUGUAAUUUAGACGGGCUUUUUGGUAAUGCCGAACGGCAAGAUGAACCUAGCCAAGAGAACGAAAAUGGCUCUGAAGGUGAUGGAGAUGUGGCGCGACUGGAAACAUCAGAUUCUCAAUUGGCUGAAAGCAUAGAGCCAGAAGCGAAAGCGAGCCAUAUGAAUGUUAUCUCAUACGGACUGCUGGGCAAUCAAGAGAUUCAUCGAACCGUGUCAACGUUUCAAGUACGCAAUAGAGAGUAUCAGCUGAAGAAUGAACUACUCAUCACUAUGGUGGAAGUGGCAAAAAAGACUGGAAUACUUGAUAAACUUCUUGCGCAACGUGAUGCCGAUGAGUGUACUCCGUUUCUCUACGCGAUAAUGCAUGAAAAUUUGGAAAUGUGCUUAUAUUUGAUGCAACAACGUGUGGCCGCCAUUGAUUCCGACACAAUCAGUCGUUAUUAUAGUGUGAAGAAAAAGAGAUGUUAG